AUGAACGUGCUGUGGGUGUCCAAGGGCAAAUCUGAGGGGUCUCUUACCCCUGAGCAGAAGAAGGCCUUUACCGAGGCCAACACACUUUUUAUGCUAAAGUUGUGGGACGCCCUGGAGGCCGACUAUGGCGGCACAGAUGCUGGCGCUGAGUUUUACAUCAUGGAGCAGUACCAUGACUAUAAGAUGACCGAUGGAAAAUUUGUAGUCGAGCAGGCUCAUGAGAUACAGUGCAUGGCCAAGGAGCUUGAGCACCGCAAGAUCAACCUACCCGACAAGUUUGUGGCUGGUAGCAUCAUUGCCAAAUUGCCUCCUUCAUGGAGGGACUUCGCCACCACUCUCAAACAUAAGAGGAUGGAGAUAUCAGUGUCUGAUCUGAUAGCAUCCCUUGAUGUUGAGAAAAAAGAUAGAGCCAAGGAUGGGCGAUCUAAAGCUGCUGAGGGCCAGAAUAGUGCCAACAUGGUGCAAAAGUCUCACGGCAAAGGCAAAGGCAAGGGAAAGAAGACCAAGCCGCAGCCUACCACUACUUUCAAGAAGAAGAAAUUCAAGGAAAGUGAAGACUGUUUUGGUUACACCCAGAAAGAAGGCGAAGAUUUCUUUAAUACUUACUCACCUGUUGCGAGAUUGACCACUAUUCGUGUUCUACUCUCCUUGGCUGCCUCGUAUGGUCUUCUCAUCCAUCAAAUGGAUGUCAAGACAGCUUUCCUCAUCGGAGAGCUGGAAGAGGAAAUCUACAUAACACAGCCUGAUGGUUUUGUAGUAGAGGGUCAAGAGGACAAGGUGUGCAAGUUGUAUAAAUCUUUGUAUGGUCUGAAGCAAGCACCUAAGCAAUGGCAUGAGAAAUUCAACUCGACACUCAUAUCAGCAGGCUUUAGUGUUAAUGAGGCUGAUCGAUAUGUGUAUUACCGUUAUGGUGGGGGCUAA